AUGACUCAACUUACAAAUACUUUAUCACCGGUAUUCCCCUUGGAGAAGGAUGCUGAUGUGGAGGCUAACGCAGCUCCUUUAAAACAUAGUGCUCAUAUUCAGGUUUUCAUUCGACUGGCAGAACCGGUAGUGUUCUUCCAAGGGUUUGAAACCCAACAUAAUGAUGAUAGAUUACCUGCAGUACUAAGAGGAUCAUUAGUAGUUCGUGUGUUAAAAGCAACAAAAUUGAAAAGUAUAUCGUUAUCGUUUAAAGGUUACACAAGAACUGAAUGGCCAGAAGGGAUCCCACCAAAGAAACAAGAAUUUGUAGAGAUUAAUGACGUUGUGAAUCAUACAUGGCCAUUCUAUGAUUCUUCAGAUCCUAUCCAAACAGAUUCGAGAACUAAGACUAAUAAUAGCAAGAAAGAUGCAGAAUAUGAAAUGUUAUUACAAGGGAGCGGUGCAUCCAUGUAUAAACCACUUCCAGGUUCAUCGGGACAGUCUACUGGCGUUGGUGCAGCUGCUAUAUCGGCAGCUAAAUUGACUGAUUUAACCUCCCCUUUACAAUUAUCACCCGUUUCUAGUAACCCUAACGUUAAUCAACUUACAAACAAUAAUAAUAUAUCUGGAUCCCAUUUAAUGACACCGAAGAAAGAAAAGAGUAAUGGUAAUUUGAGAAGAAGUAGAGCCAAUUCAUCGGGAUCGUUAAAUACCGCAAAGAUUAGCCCCUCAGUAAGAAGUUUAUCUCCAUUAAAUCUCUUUAGACGGGUUACUUCAUCAAACCAUGAAGUUCAACGGGCUCCCUAUACAUCUUCAACCACUAAUCCAAAUUCUAAUUCUAAUUCAGCAAACGAUAUAAAUAAUUCAAAGAGAAAUCUUUCUGGUAUUAAUUUAACCACAUCAAAUGCAGACUCAUUAAAACCGGUAACUUCUACAUCAAUCUUUUCUGAAUUAUUAUCAUCAACUUUUUCAUCUGAUGCAACAGCAUCAGCACCACAUAAAUUACAUCAUCGUGAUUCUGUAAUAUCAGCAACAUCAUUGAUAACAUCCGAUUCCUUUGUAUUUCAACCUGGUGAUUAUGUAUACACAUUUGAACAAAUAAUACCACAGACGUUUCCCGAAUCUAUUAAAGCUGAUUUUGGGUUCGUGGAGUAUUUCUUAUUGGCUACAAUCGAAAGAGUUGGUGCAUUCAAAUCCAACUUAAACGCAAGAUUACCAGUGACAAUUGUGAGAACUCAAUCUGAUACUUCUGUUGAAGAGAGUGAACCGAUCUUAAUUUCAAGAGAUUGGGAAAAUCAAUUAUUUUAUGAUAUUAUUAUAUCUUCAAAGGAUAUUAUCCUUGAUGCUUUCUUACCGAUUAAUUUUUCAUUUUCACCUUUGGAUAAAAUAACAUUACAUAGAAUAAGAAUUUAUAUCACUGAAACUAUGGAAUAUUAUUGUAGAGGUAAAAAAAUACACAGACUUGAACCAACAAAAAAAUUUUUAUUAGCUGAACAUUGUGGCCCAACAUUACCGAAUGCUCCAAAGGAUACGAAUGGUGUAAAAGCUAAAUACAUGGGAAACUUAUUAGAAGAUAAAGAUGGUUAUUUAUCAAACAAAUCGUUUGAAUUUCAAGUCUUUAUACCAAGUAGGUUUGGUAGUCAUCAAAGAUUACAUCCAGACACAGGGUUCGAAAAGAUUAAGUCAAAUCAUUGGAUAAAACUUUGCCUUCGUUUAUCAAGAAUGAUUGAUGGUAAGAGAAAACAUUACGAAAUUAGCAUUGAUUCUCCGAUUCAUGUGUUGCACAAAUUAUGCUCUCAUGCAAAUACUUUACUUCCAAGUUAUGAUGUUCAUUCUGUACCAUUGGGUAAUAACAUAUUCCCAUCUUCAACUAGCAUUUCCAUGGCUUCUUCAAGUUUGGAUUCUAAGUUCGAACUAGAUUCUGUAUCGGAGAGUGUUAAGUCUAAUAGUACCCAUAACACAAAUGAUCCUAACCACUUAUACCAUAACUCCAAUAUCUUCUUCCCAAAGGAGGUUUUUAGUUCACCAAUUUUAUCACCUAAUGUACAACCAAUCGAUGUUAGCUCAAUGAACGGACCUACAAGAACUCCAUUACCAAGAAUUGUACCAAAUCGUCAUUCAAGUAGCAAUGGUGGCAAUAACACUAAUAAUAACAAUAGAUAUAUUCAUAAUCUAACACAUAACCAAAAUGGACGUCCAAAUACUGUGGGAGGUGAGACUAAUAAAAAUGAUAUCUUUACAAAUCCAAGACUUAAAUCCAAUAUCUAUCAACCUGAAUCUAUCGAGAGAGCUUUAACUUCCCCACAAGCUGUUCCGUUAUCCCCAAUUACAUCACCUUUGUUAAGACCCCUGUCGUUUCAAUUAAAUGAUAGUGAUUCUUUCAGUAUUAAUGAAAAUUCUCUUGAUGAUCCACCUCCGGAUUUUAAUUUUGAUGAUAACAAACCUGUGACUUCCCUUGGAACCACAAGACCGACCUUAACCACAUAUAAGAGUAAUCCAACAAUCCCUUCAAAAUUACCUCCAUCGUAUGGAGAAGCCAUUAAAAGUAAAACCAAUGAAAGAAUAUUAAGCUCAAAUCUUCAAAAUUCAAGGAUGUCACGAUUGUCACUAAAUAAAUCUCAGGAUUCUUUGCUUUUUAGUAUGAGCAACAGAAAAAGCAAUCUAAACCUAGAUAAUGAAUUGGAAAACUCAUUUGUGGAAGAGAAAAAUAAAGAAGAUAACGAUGAUAAUGAUAUAGCAUCUAGCUUCAGUUUUGAUAGUUCAAAUAUGCAGACUCAGAAUUUGCCCUCGAAUAUUUUAAGACCACAUUCACCGCCAACCUUGAGACCACUGAGUGGUGAUCUGAUAUUUAGUGGUGGUCGCCCUGAAGCUGCAAACAUGCUACCAUCAACAUUAAGGACAGAUAAUCAGUUCUACAAUGAUAUGAACCAAAUAUUUAGCGAUGAUACAACACCACCAGGUGAAAAUCCAUCUUCUCCAACUGAGGCUGGCAAUUCAACAACACAUGAAGGAAGUCCGAGUCGAUCAGUUCACUCUGUUAAUGAAUUAUCACCACAUUCGUCGGCUGGAAAUAAUAGUACUAACGCAUAUCUCAACAGGGAUGGUAUUGCCGCUGAACCCUUGCUGAAUAACGGCCUAAGGAAUAGUACAUCUCAGAAUAGGACUACCGGUGACAUUACAGAAAUGAGUUACGACAACUCUUUUUUUCAAUCUAAAGACUCCCUCAACGACAUGUCCGGACAACCAUUAGACUCUUCAGUUGAUCUUACUGCAUUGUACAAUAGAAAUACUGUUGGUUGGAAUACAUUUCAAUUCGAUGAAGGAAUAGACAACAGUCAUGACUCAAGAGAAAACCGUGACGUAGGGGGAGGUACUGACGCCUCUAGUAGACUUUCAGAAGUAGCAACUCAAAGUGACUUAAAGACUAUCGACACGGAUAGUAAUGCUGACAAUAGCACAUCUACGUAUCAUAAUGUUGAAGGUACUUUAUCUUCAUGA